AUGUUUAGCCUCAUUUUCACCUUAUUAAUGAUCAAUGGAGGCGUUAAAUCAAGUAACAAGCUCACAGCAGGUACCGUUUGGAUAACAAUGGGUGUUGGAAUCCUUUUCUUGGCAUUAGCAAUCUUAUUAACGAUUUCAUGUUUUUGGGUAAAGGAAGUCAAACCAGAAGACGAACAAAGAUAUGAAAUUUCAAAUUCACCGAUCAAUCUACACGGUAAUAAUUAA